AUGCCCCUCCCACCCAUCACCCCACCCCUCCUCAACUCCGCAAACCCAUGGUGCACAACCCUUGAGCAACUCCAGGAACUCUACGACAGUCCCCACACAGGCGCCAUCACAACGCGUACAUCCCUCCUGAACGGCUUCCCACACGAUCCUGCUCACCACCAAUUCACCUUCUUCAACCCCUCAACGCACGCAACCAGCACGCCGAACAAAGACCUCGGCGGCGAUGCUAGCACGACAGGGAGUUUGAACACAUUGGGAUACUCACCGAUUCCGCUGGCCGAGUAUCUAGAAUAUGUGAAGACGAUUAGUAAGAGGAUGGGCUCCGUACCUCCAAACGGAAACGAGACCUCUAGUCCUGUAAUAAUCGUUUCCGCGACCUACAAGCCGGUAAUCAUUUCCGUAACCGGCUCUGCAGAAGAGAUAGCACAAUGCUACAGCCUCAUCUGCACCGCGCAGUCCGAUGUUAAAAUGCCACUAGCCAUGGAAAUCAACCUCUCCUGCCCCAACAUCCCCGGAAAAACGCCGCCAGCGUACAACACCGCUGCUCUCCGCGAAUACUUGGCUGCGCUCAAGAUGGCGAUUGAUGUAGGCCUGACGAAGAGCGGGGGCGUAACGCAAAUCCCCGUGGGCAUCAAAAUCCCGCCGUACACGUACAGCGAGCAGUUCGAGGGGUUGGUUGGUGUGUUGGCGGAAAGUGGGGAGAACAGCAUGAAGCCCGUUUACCUACCUACACCAAUAUCUUUCAUCACAGCCGUAAACACACUGGGUUCGAGUUUACUCCUCUCAGAUAGCGAACGUGCAAUACCGGCUUUGAACUCUGCAAACGGCACCGGGAUAGGUGGGCUGGCAGGCGCGCCGUUGCAUCCCCUUGCGUUGGGUAAUGUGGCUACGUUGCGACGGUUGCUGGAUCAGUCUGCGUCUGAGGAGGUGAAGGGGAUUGUGGUUAUAGGGGUGGGCGGUGUGGAGGAUAAGGUUGGGUUUGAGCGGAUGAGGAGCGUAGGGGCUGGAGCUGUGGGUGUGGGGACGGCGUUGGGGAGGAAGGGUGUGGCUGUUUUUGGAGAGAUUGUCUCGGAAGGCAUGUAG